AUGUCCUUCGGAGGCGAGAUCGUGAAUGCCUCAGGUCAUGUCGACCAACCUCCCCGCCAGUAUGGCCUCCUAAGCAUCUGCGGACUCGCAUUGACGGUUGACAACGCGUGGGUCGUCCUGGGCACGUCGCUCGCCAUAUCAGUCUACAACGGCGGCGCCCCCGGGUCCCUUCCUCUGGAGGCGUGUAUCACUGGAGAUUCCAUCUCUGAAGGGCCGAGAUGGGGUCGCCCAGUCGGAUUCUUCGCCGGCUCGUUGAACUAUUUCGGAUGGCCGUUUGACCUAGCUUCCAUCGCGUACAUUAUGUCCGAGCUUGUCGUCCAGAUGUACGUUCUGUACUACCCCGACCAUGUCAUCAAGGCCUGGAAUCUGUUUGUGGGACUAAACUGCCCAACCCGAAACGAGACCUCCCAAAGGCCAUCUUCGCCCAAAUCGGCCUCGGCUUCGUCUACGCAUGGCUCUUCGCCAUCGCGCUGUUCUACGGGCGUCAACGACCUCUCCGCCGUGCAGACCAGCAUCGGCUCCUUUCCCCUGGCCGAGGCAUUCGCCCAAGCAACAGGCAGUCAAGGGGCAACAUUCGGGCUACUCUUCAUCGUUUUCCUCGCCCUGGUUCCCUGCCUGAUCGGGACGUUCCUGACGGUUGGACGCGCAUGGUGGGCACUAUCGCGCGACAACGCCACGCCCUUCUCGGGCUUCUUCUCGCGCGUCAACGAACACCUCAGCUGUACCGUCGAGGCCACGCUCCUCACAGGGAUCUUGACCAUCGGCGUGUGCGCCAUCACGCUGGGCAGCAAAACGGCCGUCAACGAUCUGGCCGGCUCGUUCGUCGUCCUCAGCAGCAUCUCCUACGCGGCCACCAUCCUUCCGCACAUGCUCACCCAACGAAAAUACAUACCCCUCGGACCCUUUAACCUGGGAAGAUUCGGAUACCUGAUCAACGGCCUCGCCGUGGGGUUUAUCAUCUUUUUCGACAUCAUCUAUUGUUUUCCGUUCUCCCUCCCCACCACGGCCUCCACGAUGAAUUACAACUCGGCCAUCCUCGUCGGGGUCGUCGUCCUCACGACAUUCUGGUGGUUCGUGCGCGCGGUCCGGAAAUACGACGAGCCCGACGUCGCUAAGAUGGUCGAGGUGAAUAUGUCGCAAGCGAGGCGCGCGAGCAGGGUAUAG